CCCCCCCUCCCCCGCCCCCGCCCCCGCCCCGGCGCUGCGGGUUUCCUGGCGCUGCUGAGCCUCAGGGCCGUGCGGGGGAGAUCCCGGGCCUCGCCGCAGCCAUGGCGCUGAACCCGGUGAUCGGGAAGCUGGUCAGCAAGAGGGUGGUGCUGGCCAGCGCCUCCCCCCGGCGGCAGGAGAUCCUCGCCAACGUGGGUCUCCGAUUUGAGGUAGUUCCAUCCUGGUUUAAAGAGACACUUGAGAAGUCAUCUUUUGCAGUCCCUUAUGAGUAUGCCAUAGAAACAGCAAAGCAGAAGGCACUUGAAGUGGCAAAUAGAAUGCAUCUAAAACACCUUAGAACUCCAGAUAUUGUUAUAGGAGCAGACACUAUUGUGGUCUCAAAAAGCUUUACAGAGGAGACUGUGGGAAAACAGAUUCUGGAGAAACCAGUUGAUAAACAAGAUGCAUAUAAGAUGCUGUCAAGGUUGAGUGGGAAGGAGCACAGUGUCUUUACGGGAGUGGCCAUUGUUCACUGCAGCAGUAAAGAUAAUCGUCUGGAGACUGAAGUCACUGAUUUCUAUGAAGAGACAAAAGUUAAAUUUGCUGAACUAUCUGAGGAGCUUUUGUGGGAGUAUAUUCACAGUGGUGAACCAAUGGACAAAGCGGGUGGUUAUGGAAUCCAGGCCCUUGGUGGAAUGUUAGUGGAAUAUGUUCAUGGAGACUUCCUGAACGUGGUGGGCUUUCCUCUGAAUCACUUCUGCAAAAAGUUAGCAGAGUUGUAUUAUCCGCCCCUCAAGCAUACUAUACAGCAUGUCAAGCAUGACUCUAUCCCCUCCGUCGAGACUUUUGAGAACCUCAGUGAUGGAGAGAGUGACUCUUCAAAUCCCAUGCAGCAUAAAAGUGCUAACAAAUUAGAGAGGAAUGGAGUGCCCCUCUCAGGAGCCGUUCAUACUCCAGUAAACAGUGGUAGCAUCCAGCCUGUUUGUACAGUGGCUGUGGAAAAUCAGAGUGGAGUGAUGGAAUAUCCAGCUAAAUUCCCAUCAAAAAUUGUAGAACUUAUGGAUGGCUUCAGAGCUUCAAAGGCUUUGUUUGUGGCCUCUAAACUGAAAGUGUUUGAUCUUCUGAAAGAUAAAUGUAUACUGAAGCCUGUGGAUGUUGCCAAUAAGAUAGAAGCCUCUGUGUGUGGAACAGAGAGACUGCUCGAUGCUUGUGCUUCUCUUGGAUUGCUGGAGAAAACCCAUCAAGGUUACAGUAAUACAGAUUCAGCGAACACAUAUCUGGUGUCAGACAGAGAAUAUUCACUUCAUGGCUACAUUAUCCACUCUAAUGACCGCCUUUGGCAUCUCUUUACACACCUGGAGGUUGCUGUCAAAGAGGGGACCAUGCAGACCCAUCGGGCUUUUGGAAAGGAAACAGAGGACUUGUUUCAGGAUUCCAGUUAUCACAGUGUGGAGGCAAAGCAGCGUUUCAUGACUGCCAUGCACAGCAUUGCCAAAUUGACAGCAAGAGAUGUGGCAAGAGCUUUUGAUCUUUCACAGUUUAGAUCUGUCUGUGAUUUGGGAGGUUGCACUGGAGUUCUGGCCCAUGAGCUAGUACAAAAAAACCCAAACCUAAACGUCACUGUAUUUGACCUUCCAGACGUCAUUGCAAAUGUCUCUUGCUUUCAGCCUUCAGGACAGCACAUAACUCCAGUGACAUUCACAGCAGGUGAUUUCUUCAAAGAUAAUCUUCCAGAAGCAGAUCUUUACAUCCUUUCACUAAUUCUACAUGACUUGAAUGAUGAAAAGAUUCACAUAUUGUUAAGCAAAAUAUCAGCUAUUUGCAAACCAGGAAGUGCCUUGCUACUGGCAGAAAUUGUGCUUGAUGAAGAGAAAACACACCCUCCUAGAGCAGUAUUACAGUCCCUCAGCAUGACUGAAGGCAAGCAGAGAAGUGGAUCAGAGUAUAAGCAACUACUGGAGAAAUAUGGAUUCACCAAUGUGCAAAUUAAGAUUACAGGAAACGUUUUAGAUGCGAUUUUGGGCUUUAAGAAAACUUCUGCACAUUAGUUUGCACUGCAAGCUGUGGCAUUUUCCUGGCUGAAAUGGUGUUGGAUAAUGAGAAGAAAAGAAGGAGUAUAGCUUUGCUGCAGUCCUUGAACGUGCUUGUCAGACACAGGGAAAGGAGAGGAGUGGCUCCGAAUAUAGAUGUUUACUGGAACAUCAUGGCUUCACAAAUGUAGAAAUUAAACUGACAGGAAAUGUGUUAGAUGAUGUCUUCUACACUAAGAAAUAAAGAAAUUGUAUUUGGCAAUAAAAACCAGAACACAUCAGCAA